AUGUGGUCGUGCUUCACGGCUCGCGCAUUGCCUAGUGAUGGCCCUUCAGCAGGCCUGCCGGACCUCGCGCCCUUCAAGGCCAUCCGCCAGAUCGGCCGCGGCGCUGUUGGCGAGGUCUUCCUUGCGCGCCAUGCGGGCGACGGGCAGCUGUAUGCGGUGAAGACCGUCCCCCUGGACGCGCCCAGCUGGCGGCUCGAGCUGCUGAAGCGCGAGGAGCGCACCUAUGCGGCCCUCGCCAGCGACGCCGGCGGCCACGUCGGCCUGCUGCGCCCCUGCCGCAUGCAGCUGCUGCACGACCGCCUCUGCCUCGUCACAGAGUGGGCGUCCGGCGGCACGCUCGCGUCCUUCCUGGCCGCCCCGCGGUACUCGCGCGGCGUCGCGGAAGACCUAGCGCUGUUUAUAAUGCGCCAGCUGGUCGCGGCCGUCGAGCGGCUGCACGAGAACCGCGUGGCGUACCGCGACAUAAAGCUCGACAACAUCCUGCUGGACACGACGACGUUUGGCGCCAAGGCGCCGCGCGUUCUGCUGGCGGACUUUGGGACGUGCAAGGCAUGGGAGGAGGGCGAGGCGGGGUGCCUGGCCAGCACGUUCAUGGGCACGCCAGGCUUCAUGGCGCCGCAGGUGUUGGGCAGCAUCUUCCUGCACCGUGAGAGCUCCGCCUCCGCCGCCCCUUCGGUGACCUCCGCCCUCGACGACUCGGCGCGCGAGAGCAGCUUCCCGACGCCCGGCUCGUCGGCGCACUCGGCGCCGGCCGCGGUCGGCGCGGGCCUGGCGAGCGGGAGCGCGGGCCCCAUGGGCGUCAGCAGCUCAAACGGCAUGUAUGAUGCCGUGAAGGCCGACAUCUACAGCCUGGGCGCCAUCCUGAUGUUCCUGCUAUUCAAGGAGCUACCCUUUGGCUUUGACAAGUUCAGCCGCCUGCUGCCGCCCGGCGAGGCGCUGUCCGUGCUCUGGCAGCUGGAGAGCGAGAAGUCGUGGCGCGAGGCCGCGGGCGCGGGGCUGCUGCGGCGCAGCUGCGACCCAGGGGCGAUCGACCUGCUCGACCGCAUGCUGCAGGCCGACGAGUCACGGCGCGUCGACGUCGCCGGCAUCAAGGCGCACCCCUGGUUCUCACGGCGGCUGCCGCGGCGCUACGAGGCCGCGCUCGCGCGGCUGGCGCGAGACCAGGCCGGGCUGGACGCUGCGCGGAGCGAGCUGCACGGCCGUGCCUCGCGGCGCCGCAUCGUGGCGCCCGCCGCGCACGCGCACGGGCCUGCGGCGCCGCCGCCGGCGCGGCCGCUGAGCGGUGCUGAGGCCGCGCUAGAGCAGCUGUUUGAGGCGGCCGGGUCGCAGGCGGCGCUGCGGCGGCUGCGCGAGGCGCGGGCAUCCCUCUAUGUCGACCUGGAGCCGGCCGCGGUCGCGGCCGCGUGGGAGCUCGGGAUGCAGACGGAGGGCACGCGCCCGGGCGCGCCGCCGCCCGGGUCGGCCAGCUGCGGCUGCGCCGGCGGCGGCGUUGCGGCAGGCGUCGCGGAGGACACGCCGGAGUCGGCCGCGGUCGUGGCGCCCCCGUCGCUGGCGGGGCGCAGCGACAGCGCGACGACGACGGCGGGCGCAGAGCCUGCGUUCUUGUGCGACGUGGCGCUGGGCGCACCCAAGAGCGCGCCACGCCCGUCUCGGCUGCGGCCGCAGGCCUGA